UCAACACUAGUCACUGUACCUUAUGCAAGCUACGAGUUUCGCUCCAUUUUGUUUGCAAGCUAGUGCAGGUUGAACAUAAAUUAGUCGUGUUGUAAACAGUUUGGGAAAAUUUGUCCACAAUAAAUAGUCGUGUGCAAGUGUUUUAUGGUUUCUCUGUUGCAACUUGAUAUAGAGCCUUGCGAGCAGCAGGAUAAGCCUGGAAGCAUGACUUCAAUCGAUUGGAAACGACCAGCGCUCGAGAUUCUCCUGAAGCUGUACCACGAACAUCCGAUACUGUACGAUAUGCGCCACCCAAAAUAUUAUGCCAAAGCGGAACGCCAGAAAGCAUUAAGUACCAUUAUCGAUCUGUUGGAAGAUCACCGUCCUGGGACUACCACGGGGGAUAUCCUGAAGAAAAUUCAAACAAUGAGAACUCAGUUCGGCCAGGAAUACGGAAAGGUACGAAAAGCCCAAGCCAAGGGUACUGAAUACGUUCCUACGAUAUGGUGGUAUCAGCACUUGUCCUUCCUUCGAAAGCACAUCAAACCCAGAGCCAUAAAAGAGGAAAUGGAUGAGCUUCAGGAACCCGACGAUGAUUACAUGUCAAUGUCACAGAACACCGAUGUGGAGUACGAGAACUACACUACUGAGGAAGCGUACGAACUUGAAAGCUCUGAAAUAGUGUAUGAAAUUCAGAGCUCUCCAUCGGGAAAAGGGUCCAAAGAGGAAGCAAAAAUCUAUAGACAACGAGAUCUUGGCAACUCGACCCCGAUCAAUGGUUCCGGCAAGGAGGAAAUUAUCUACGAAAUUACCAAUUCCAACACAAUUGUUCCCAAGCGAAAGAUCGAGGUGAUCAGUGCGGAAGAACCGAGUGCAAAGCAACAGCGCAAAGAUAGCAUACAUGAUCAAUCAACGUCGUCUUUUUCACCGGGUGGUACUGCAAAGAGGGCCGAAGUGUUCGAGAUCACCGUCGAACCAGACCGGUCGAAAAGCUUUGGACAGUUUGUGGCCUCGCAAAUCGCGGCCGUCAAAGACGAUUACCUAUUCUACUCGACACAGAUGGAGGUGUUGAAUGUCAUCAACAAGGCACAGUUGAAGCAGCUACAGAUGGAUAAGGAUGCGGCGAGCAAGUAGUCUAGAUCAUUAGUCGGUUAUGCCUUAAAUUUAGGUAUUUAGAGUAAGUUUCACGUCGAAUGCUUUAUUUUGUACAAAAUCUUGAUGUACACAAUCGAUCAGACCAACUCAAAAUUGAGUCGAGUCGAGUCAAUUUCGUCAAAAGUGGAUUAAAAAUUAGUUGAAUUUUCCAGACUUUUCACGAAAAACGUCUUGAAUGUGAGGAACAUCGAUAGAGGUUUCACUCAGUCUGUUAGUGUACAACUAAGAGUGACUAAUUUUUUUUAUCAUAUUCGAGAAGUUUUUCCUGUUUUCCACUGUUUUUUCUCGGAAAAUUUAACUCACUUUUGACGAAAUUGAGUCGAUUCUUUACCGUGUAGGACUAAAGCUUCAAUAAAGGUCUU